UCAUUGAAGGAACCUGACAGAGCUCAAGUUCAAGUUGUCAUCCACAUGUGAAAACACCAACCGGAAAUUAACACUUUCCCCGAUGACUUCAUCCACAAAGAUCCGAAAAUAAUCCUGUCAAACAUCUCAGCCCGGGACGCCGGACCCCGGACCUGAAGACCCUCCAGCCUUGGCUUCCUCCGAGCAUCAGCGCCCCCAGCAGCAGCGUCAGCCCGGCCAGAGCGCCUCUCCGCGGCAUUCAGGAGCGGACAGCGGCUCUGCCCCCGUGCAGGAACAGCCCGGUGGUCUGGAGCUCCGGGAGCCGCCGAGCUCCACAUUCUCCGCCGCUUCUCGCUCCUCUUCCUCCAGAGAGAUGGCAGCGACCAAAGCGGAGCUGCUCCUGCCCGCCCUGCAGAUCUCCGACCCCCUGGCCUGCUUCCCGCCGCCUCUCUCCCCGCUGGACGGCUACUCGAAGCUGGAGGAGCUGCAGAUGCUGCUGCAGAACGCCGCGGCGGGAGGCUCGCUGCUGGCCGCGUCGGCCGCGGAGGGAGCCGGGCUGCUGAGCGGGGAGCCCGGGGAGUACGGAGACUCUUUUUCGGACCUCCCGGACCUGCAGGGUCUCCCCCCUCUCACCCCCCGCCUCCCCUCUCUGGCCUACAGCGGCCGCUUCACCUUCGAGCCGUCGAACACCGUCACCAGUGGCGGUGGCCUGUGGGCGGAGCCUCUCCUAAGCCUGUUCACGGGGUUGGUCAGUAUGGCGGCUCCUCCCCCUGCGGCCUGCAGCCUCUCCUCUUCAUCAUCAGUAACAUCUUCAGUGACGUCAUCACCAUCAUCGCUGUCCCAGCCGAACUUCAGCUGUGGGUGCGGUGACGUCACGUCAGUCUUCUCCGCGACGCCGACAUACACGACCACCGCUGGCCCCGACCUGCCCCCCCCCACCUCCGACUCCCUGCCAGCCCCCCAGACCUUCCAACCGCAGGGCCCCCCUCCAGCCUACCACUCCUCCACCUCCCGGGUGGGCCUCCAGCCCCCCUCCCUGGUGGUGCCGAUGCUCCCGGACUACCUCCUGUCGCAGCUGCCGCAGGACGGCGAGCUCUGCCUGAUCCAGGACCAGAAACCUGUGCUGACGCAGAGCCUGAACCCGCCGCCAUCGCAGCCUCCGCUCACGCCGCUUUCCACCAUCAAAGCUUUCUCCUCACAGAUCCAGACGCAGCCUCAUGGUGCUGCCCCUGGCCCCGCCCACCACGCCCAGUUCACCAAAUCCAGCCGGAGCAGGAAAUCCCCCGCAGGCCGUCAGUGCAAGACGCCGCCGCACGAGCGUCCGUACGCCUGCCCCGCCGACGGCUGCGACCGCCGCUUCUCCCGAUCCGACGAGCUGACGCGCCACGUGCGUGUGCACACAGGCCAGAAGCCAUUCCAGUGCCGCAUCUGCAUGCGCAGCUUCAGCCGCAGUGAUCACCUGACCACGCACAUCCGCACGCACACCGGCGAGAAGCCGUUCGCCUGCAAUGAGUGCGGACGCAAGUUCGCACGCAGUGACGAGCGCAAGAGGCACGCCAAGAUCCACCAGAGGCAGCGGGACCGCAAGACUGACAGGAACUCUUCCAACUCUGCUCCCACCCCCAUCAGCAAGCCCCCCACCUACGCCUCCCCUCCCACCUCCUCCCCCUGCUCCUCCUACUCCUCCCCAACUCACAGCGCCUCCUCCCCUGCUACCUCACUCUCCUCCUUCUCCUCCCUCAGCAUGCAGGCCGCCUCCCCCUGCUUCACCUCCUCGCUCUCACACGUCUACACCUCCUCGCCGUCCCCCCACCUCUACUCCUCCUCCUGCUCCUCUCCGAUGGGGAGUCCUCAGUCGGAGCUUCCGUCCCCCCACAGCUCCAACAUCUGCUGACAGACAGGAAGUCCACCAGUGGCAUCGUGACCUUUGACCUCAGACUGAAGCGAGGUCACACAUCUGACCGUCUGCGUUAUAUUUUUGUCCAGUAGAGACGAGGUCAAAGGUCAGCAGACGUGAGGGUGGUUUCUCUGGAGGGAAACACCUCGCAGCUGGAAACUGUUUUAUAAACUCAGCUGCUGCUUCGUUUUGAGCCUGUCUGGCCACCGUAGUCGCUGCACAAACGGCUGGAGUUCAAAACAAGGAGCUGGAUGUGACCUUUGACCUUCAGCGGUUAAUAAAAGCUGACUUUAAAAAAAGUCACAGAACCAAACUUCACAGAGAAAGAGAUGAGUUUAGGAGGCUUAAGAAGAGUUUCAUGUGUAAACGAGUGUGAAUAUGAGUACUUUUGUAAGUGGGAUGUGUGUAUGUUUACAUGCAGUAUCGUGUACAUACAUGAACGUGUACACAGUUUUUACCUACUGCGUAGGUUCUGGGACGUUUGUAUGUUUACAUGCAGGUCAGUGAUUGAUUUUAUACUGAACGUGUUUCCUCUUUUAUUAAAGAGCUACGAGAAUAAAAUG